AUGGCGUGCGACGAAGGCGGGGGCCUGCCUUGCGUGCCCUCGGCGUACCUGCCUUGCUUCGCCCUGUUUCCAUCUCGAUUUUGCUUCCCUGAUCAUGUUCACCCCGAGGGCACGGAGCCACGUCGUCGGAGAUCGGUUGCUAAAGGUGUGGCCUCGCCCUGGAAGCCUGGGCACGUGGCCGCUGCUGCUAUUGCCGUUGCUGCUAUUGCUCGGCAUACGCUACGGACCGUCGUCCACGUCGGUCUGGUGCUGGCGUUCUCUGAAAUAAGUACACCAGAGGCAGAGAUAGGGCAAGAGGGCAAACAGUAUAGGCAGAGACCGCAUAAAGACCAUACCCUUUCCCUUCACUACCCGUUGAAGUCUCCAGCUCUCACCACUUCGUCCAGAUGGGCGGCGGUGGCGGCGCGGCGGGGCGGCGGGGGCGGCGGCAGCGUGCGUGGGGUCGCGGGGGAGGAUGACGCGGCCCCCGGCGUGUCCCAGGAGGCCAGUGGCCCCCAGCACGCCACUGUCGUCCGCACUGAGUCGCACCUGGCCCGCUUCAACACGGCGCGCGCCCUCUUCGAGAAGAUGGGGCAGAGCGAGGGCGGCAUCGGGCAGCCGCCCCGCGCCGCCCCUGCGUCGGCCGCGCUUUCCGCCAGGGUCCCCCCGCCCGCAGGCUUCGGGGGCAAGGUGGGCGCGGGGCUGGCCAAGGGCGAGGGCGAAGCCAAGAAGGCGGGCGCCGCCGUGAGCCGCCGAGGAGCGCCCCGGAGGCCUCGGCUCUCGCGUCGGCCGCGGCGAGUCGCUUUCGCCCGCGCGGUCCCUGGGCGGCGCCUCCGCCUCGUCCUCGCGCUCCGGCUCCCCCAGCCCCGCCCGCACCAACGGACACGCCCACCACAGCGACCAGGACAGCGGCGGGGGCGGGUCCGGGGGAGGGCCGGGGGAGGGCCGGGGGAGAACUCAUGGGUGGCCCUAGCAGGGCUGCGGCGCCCUGGCUCCUCCUCCAGCCGGUCGCUCUCCACCUCGAGCACGGAGUCGGAGCCCACGCCGCGCCGCUGGCCGCCGCACGCCGCCUCCUCGGGCGGCCGCGCGCGCACGCCGCCGCGCCUGGCACUCGUACUCGUCGGGCGCCGCGCCCUCGCGCCCGAGACUUUCAAGUCGGACCUGACGGCGGAGCUGCGGCGCGCGGCGAGGCCUGAGAAGCCCGAGAAGCCCGCCAAGCCCGAGAGCCUGGACCGGCGGGCGUCGACGCACGAGCAGCACCAGGAGCUGAUCGCGCGCCACAAGAACUGGUUCCAGUCCUUCUCCAAGAGCCGCUCCUCGCCCACGGCGUCGCCCUCCAAGCCCGACUACAGACCCACCUCGCCCUCCAAGGCCGCCGAGUGGGAGCAGCGACCCCCCUCGCCCUCCAAGGCGGACGGCAGGGGCCUCCAGCCGUCCAAAACUGAUCUCAGAUCCCCGAGAGGCGCGGAAACGAACGAGGAGGCGGCGAUGGCGGAGAAGAAGGAGGAGGAAGGGCGAGGCGGAGGAGGAGGAGGAGGAGGAGGAAAGGGCCUGGUGAGCGAGCAGGACGCCUGGUCAUCGGUCCUGCAGAGUCGAUACGGCACGAAGGCCAAGGAUAUCCUCAGCCCCAGAGCACGCUCGGAAGGGGACACUACCGCAGAUUGGAGAAAAGAGCGAGCGGCCAUUCUAUCUGGUGAGUUACAAAAUUGUUUGUUUACUUAGUUAGUAGAGUCAACGUCAAAAAGAAUAUUCGUAUAUAUAUUUUUUUCCUUUGUCGGCGGCUUUCCUCGCCCUUUGUGCCGAUGUGAUUGCUAUUCUCUGACGGUUUGGAAUGCAAACGUUGUCGGGGUGAGGGGCGUGUGCGAGGGCGUAACACGUUUUCUUUGAGUGGAUAUGAGAGAAAAUGGUAUUUGUCGGGUGACUCAUCUAUUUUAAGUCUUCAUGUUGCCAUAUCCGAUGGAUAGUAAAGUUGGGUAAAUUUACGGAUGUACUAAAA